GUCCAACGUCAAGACUAAAAAACAAAUUAAAAAAAUCCUCUUACUUGAGGAUAUGAGUGAGCCAAGAGUGCGUAAAGCGCACUUUUGAGUGUGGUUCUUCCGUCCACGACUUCGUAAACUUGCUGUGUCCCUGUUCAGUUGCCUGGGAAGCCCCGAGCACGGAGUGGAGCUGCCAACGCCCCACAUAAAGACUCAAAUCGGAGAUACGGUAUUGAAUGAAUUGUGAAGAAUGCAGACCAUCAAGUGUGUUGUAGUUGGGGACGGUGCUGUGGGUAAAACCUGCCUGCUCAUCUCAUACACCACAAACAAAUUUCCUUCAGAGUAUGUACCUACAGUGUUUGAUAAUUAUGCUGUAACUGUAAUGAUUGGAGGCGAGCCCUACACACUAGGCUUAUUUGAUACCGCAGGUCAGGAAGACUACGACAGGUUACGACCUUUGAGUUAUCCCCAGACUGAUGUCUUCCUUGUUUGCUUCUCUGUUGUCUCCCCUUCUUCAUUUGAAAAUGUAAAAGAAAAGUGGGUUCCAGAGAUCACCCACCAUUGUCCAAAGACCCCCUUUCUGCUAGUUGGCACUCAGAUUGAUUUGAGAGAUGACCCCUCUACUAUAGAGAAGCUGGCCAAGAACAAGCAAAAACCUAUUACUCCAGAGACGGCAGAGAAGCUUGCAAGAGACCUCAAGGCUGUGAAAUAUGUGGAGUGCUCCGCUCUCACACAGCGAGGGCUGAAGAAUGUAUUUGAUGAAGCUAUCCUAGCUGCCCUAGAACCGCCUGAGAUGCAAAGACAGAGGAAAUGCUGCAUAUUUUAAACUAUGUGCAACUGUGACAACUUCUGUCCACUGCUAAUUAUGAUUUGUACUUUAUACACGCUUUUUCAAAAUCUUUAAAAACGUCCAUAUCUUGUCAGAACUCUACAACUCCUCUAUUCUCGUCUCUUGGCCUCCUUCAUUGGACAAUUGUCCUAUAUCUAAAGAAAUUUUUUUUUGACGCGCGAUGACCAAGACAGCUGAGGUAACUACAACUAACACACUGUUCGUGAACAUAUGAGCAAAGGUCAAUAUAAAAGCAAAAGCAGACCAAGAAUUUUGGAUUCACAUUUUUCUGUGGUAGUUGACACAGUGACGUGGAUUAACUUUUGGGGGCUUAAAUUUCCUGACUAGUGCAAAUCAGUGUGUGACAAAUCUCUGCGAAGGGAAGGGUUGGACCCGAUUGUGUUAUUCUCACAUUAUGUAGCUAGAUGGAUGGGGCAUCAUCUGAAUUUGAGCGAUUCCGGUUUCUUAUUUCAAUUCUGGUUCCAAACGAUUCGUGUUUCGAAUUUUUUUAAGGGGCUUUGGUCAAAGAUGCUUGCAUGAUUUCAAUAAAGGGUGUCCAAAUCCUGAAUUUCCAUUUUCUGAGCAGCCUGUAGCAUAGACUAAAAUAAACAAUUAACUCACUUCAUAACCAGUAUCAACCUCUGAAUGGAAGGCAAUGUGUGUGUGUAACAAGUGCAACAAAGUUGAGACACACUCUGGUUUGCAGCCUCUGCUUGGCACAGGGUGGUCUUCCUGGGAAUUCUUUUUUUUUUUUGUUGGUUUUCGCCACCUCAUGUUUGGGGCUGAAUGACUUUAGGCAUUAAAACUGGGAACCCACAUUUUUAAAUUUGAACGGGAGAACGGGAAAGUUAGCACCGGUUCCAAUCAGUUCUUGGUUCUCGAUAACCAAACCUAAUUACUCUUUCCCAGCUCUUCAAAAUGGAAUGAUCAUGCUUUCCCUCAUCUCAGUGGCAACUUCCUCUGAGUUUUCAUGUGACCUGCUUGCUGGAAUUCCUUGAAACACCUCUCGUGAAACAUUGCUGGUGACUCUAUUGCAUCUGGGGACCUCAUUCCCUCAUCCUAUUGUUUAAUACUAGACUUUAAUCCGAUUUGACUGAUGAUAUCAGUAUCGGGUGAUCAUUAGCAUUUUAUACUGAUCGGUUAAUCGGCUUUAUUGUCAUAAAUCGCCGAUGUAGAUCGGCUCCGCAAAAGACAUUUGCUCCAUAUCGUCAUCAUUCCCAGUAUAUCUGAAUACAGAAGUGAAUUUAAUUUUACCCUUCUCGUGUCUGUUGACGUAGAACUGUAAAUAUCUGAUGGCUAAUAGUUUUUAUUUAUUUUGAUUUUUUUUAAAUUGGCUGCAUGGGGCCAACACAUCUGGGACAGACCUGUAAUGCACGGAUCUGAUGACAAGACAAAUUUACUUUUUGACACUUGCACUAUGUCAAAUUAUCCAUCCAUCGUUCCAUUUUCUGUGCCACUUAUCCUCACAAGGGUUGCAGGACUGUUGUAGCCAAUCCCAGCUGUCAUCGUGCAGGAGGCGGGGUACACCAUGAACUGCUUGCCAGCCAAUCACAGGGCACAUAUAAACAAACAAUGUCAACAGACGUGUGUUGCGCUGGCUGUAUUAUAAGGACCAAAUGGGGAAAAAUGUGUAGUUGUGGUUAGGAGAGAACUGUCAUUCAAGGCUUGCUUGAGACACGGUGACGUUCUUUUAAUAUGGAAUGGCGAGCAAGCAGGCAACAAAACGAUAUAUAACCUUACAAGCUAGUCUGAGCACUAACGGUUGUGCAUAAACAUGCUGCUGUUCUGUCGAAUCAUGCUGUAAAGUUUCGGUGUUGGUAACUUGUUUUAUUACAAUCAAAGAAUUUAAUUACAGUAUGUUACCACCCAUUUUUUUUUGUCAUGUUGGUUUGACCUCUGACCAUGGAACAUUUUUUCAAUUGGAAAAUCCCACGGCAAACCAAGAAAAAGAUAUAUAAAAAAAAAGCAGAUACAUUAUUGCUGUAUGUACUUAGUGCCAUCUAAUAGAAGACCAUUAAUUUGUUCUCUCUGUUAAUAUGUCUCCCUCACAUAAAUAGAUGACUAAAUAUAUAAAUUGUAAACAUAUAUUUACUGAGCAUUUAAAUACACAAGUAUACACACCCAUUGCUCCAUCUUGUGAUUGGAUCUGUGAUCGGUUAUAAUUUUUUUUAAACACGGUGAUUGGCCCCAAAAUUCCCGAUCGUAUAACACCUAGUUAAUACUCCCCACGACUACCCAUAACACUGUGAUGGGUAGUAAGUGGAUUUAAAAAAAUAUUUUUAAUGACAAUGAUGAUAAUAAUAAUGCUUUCAAUGAAAUUACAAGGUUGGAAGGUUUGGAAGCACGCUGUUGAAAUAAUUGUCGUCCACCACAGAUGCUCAAGUUCACACAAUUUAUCAAAUGUUGUGCCUAUGAGCUGUUUAGCGUCAGGAGUAGUUAACUAAAAGUGAAUGAAAUAAUGAAUCCUGCAGAAAAACGUCCAACUUUUGUAAUUUUUUCUUUUUUUUUUAACAAAGUGAUUAGACCCUUCCACUCACAAGCCCUGGGACACGCCACUGUCAAGAGUCAUUCAUGAAGAAGUCGUUGACAUUAAGUGACAGGAGCCAUUUCCUGUCUUGUUUUUGUCUUCACUGCUUACAAAUUCAUAAAAUACACAAUAUAAUGGGUAUUUUAUCUUUUACCAUCAUGCUUCACGUCAUGUGCAUGUAUGUAAUAAAGCGCAAUGACAGAAAAAAGUCAAGUCACACUGUAUUUCAUACAUAGUACAAAGCAUAAAUUGUUAUAAGUAUAAAUUAUAAAGUUUAAUGCAUGUGUGCUUUACACAUUUUUCAAAAUUUUUACAGCAAACUCAAUGAUAUUGUAAUAUUUUGGAAACUAAAAACAAAUACUGACUGCAUUGAUGGAAAAUACUAAGGAACAUUCACUGGUGCAAAAAGCUAUGUAUACAUCCACCAAUUGUGCACGUUCUCUCACUUAAAAAGAGAGGCCUGUCAUUUUCAUCAUACCAUGAAGAAAAUAAGUAUUUGAACAACCUGCUAUAUUGCAAGUUCUCCCCACUUAGAAAUCAUGGAGGGGUCAGAAAUUUUCAUCGUAGGUGCAUGUCCACUGUGAGAGAGAUAAUCUAAAAAGAAAAAUCCAGAAAUCACAAUGUAUGAUUUUUUUAACAGUUUAUUUGUCUGAUACUUGUGCAAAUAAUUUUUUGAACACCUGACAAAACCAAUGUUAAUAUUUGGUACAGUAGCCUUUGUUUGAAAUUACAGGGGUCAAACGUUUCCUGUGGUUGUUCACCAGGUUUGCACACACUGCAGGAGGGAUUUUGGCCCACUCCUUCACACAGAUCUUCUCUAGAUUAGACAGGUUUCUGGGCUGUCACUGAGAAACACGGUGUUUCAGGUCCCUCCAUUUAGUUUAGGUCUGGAAACUGACUAGGCCAUGCCAGAACCGUGAUAUGCUUCUUACGGGGCCACUCCUUGGUUUUCCUGGCUGUGUGCUUCGGGUCAUUGUCAUAUUGAAAGACCCAGCCACGACCAUCUUCAAUAGUCUGACUGAGGGAAAGAGGUUGUUCCCCAAAAUCUCACAAUUCAAUGCUGCGGUCAUUCUCUCCUUAACUCACUGAUUGUAUGGGGUGGACAGGUGUCUUUAUGCAGCUAACGGCCUCACACAGGUGCAUCUGAUUCAGGAUAAUACGUGGAGUGGAGGUGGACUUUUAAAGGCGGACUAACAAGUCUUUCAGGGUCAGAAUUCUAUCUGAUAGACAGGUGUUCAAAUACUUAUUUGCAGCUGUAUCACAAAAAUCGUUAAAAAAUCAUACAUUGUGAUUUAUUAUCUCUCUCAUAGUGGACAUGCACCUACGAUGAAAAUUUCCAACCCCUCUUUGAUUUCUAAGUGGGAGAACUUGCAAUAUAGCAGAGUGUUCAAAUACUGAUUUUCUUCACUGUAGGUGUACCUGCUAUGAGAAAAAAAUCCCAGGAAAUCACAUUCUGAUUUAUAAAAAAAUUGUGAGCAAAUUGUGGUGGAAGAUAAACAUUUGGUUAGCUUUGAAAAAGCUCUUACAGACCUGUAAUUUGUUUAAGAGGCUCCUCUGUCCUCCCCUUUUUGCCUUGUAUUAAUGGCACCUGGUUGAUCUCAUCAUUGUAAAAGGCCCCAAUCCAUAACCUAAAACAGUCACACAUUAAAAAAAACUACACUAUGGUCAAGACCAAAGAGCUCUCAAAGGACACCAGAAACAAAAGUGUCACCCUGCACCAGGCUGGGAAGACCGAAUCUGUAUCGGUAAGCAGCUUGGUGUGAAUAAAUAAACUUUUAUUCUGGGGUUCUGCGCAAAAUCUCACUCUUGCUCAGAGGACAAAAAAUUCCAAAACCAGACGGUGGGGAUCUAGUGAAUGACCUGCAUCGAGGUGGGACUUUGUAACAAAGGCUACUUUCAAUAACUCACUACACCCCUAGGGACUCAAAUCCUGCUGUGCCAGAAGUAACCCCCCGACUGUCAUGUGGUUAGAUGAAACCAAAAUAUUACUUUUUAGUAUAAACUCAACUUGUUGUGUUCGGAGGAGGAAAAAAUGUACACCAUACCUAGUGUGAAGCAUGGACGUGGAAACUUCAUGCAUUGCUUCAAAAAUCUUUAAAAAUCAGACUGAUUUUUUUUAAUUUUUUUUCCUCCUCAUUUUGUCUUACGUGAGAUACACAUGAUGAAAAUUUUAUGCCUCUCGUCUUUUUAAGAUGGAGGACUUGCAGAUUUGGUGGCUGAUUAAAUUUUUUUUUUUUUUUUGCCCCACUGUAUCACAUUUUUGUACAGUAACUGUUUAUGCCUCAGAAAAAAGGAUAGCACAAAGAAAAAUCGUCAAAACAAUAACAUUAUGUCCAUGUUGAAUGUAUGUAAAGUUCUUACCAGAACCAUAUUAUUCUGCAAACCUUUGGUUUGCUUGUUGUGACAAAAAUCAAGUAAUAUAUAAGUGGUUGUGUGGACAAAACAAACUUACAAUAAAGCACAAAUAAGAUACUCUUUCUCCGCUAUCUUCUUUUUUCUAAUUUUUACAACAAUAUUGAGCUACUACAUUAUGGUGCAUUGAGUUCCAUACAGUUCCUUUCGGCUUGUCCCUUUCGGGGUCGCUACAGCGUGUCAUCUCAGAUGAACGCACAUAUAUGUUUGGCACAAUUUUUAUGCCGGAUGCCCUUCCUGACGCAACCCUUCUCAGAGAGUGGAGGCCCCAUUGGGAUACGAACCCACAACCCCUCGUUGACAAAACCAGUGCUCUAGCCACUGAGCUUUGGGCCCUCCAUUCAAUUCCAUACAAAGAUUAUGUAAUUUGAAGCCCUCUAGAAUGUACAGGUGUGUGAUGUUUUUGAUCACUUUGUUUCCUGGCUGAAAUAUAACAAUGUGCUGGUUUUCCUCCAUUUUCUUGUGUUAAACUUUGAUUUGCCCUCUGUUGUUGACCUGACUCGUUAGUGAAUCAAAUUCAUUAAAAGAAAAGCACAUUUAUCAAGUUGGAUCAAUAAAUCUGAGUAGGUCCCAACAUCACUGUUUUUGUCACCUUUAUUGUAUAUUCACAUUGUUGAGUCAUUCUAUCCUUUCUCAGUUGAGCACUGAAAAUUGCCAAGAUGUUUCACCCAAUUUAAUUUACUUUACUCCUCUGCAUGUUUGCACUCCCCCUUUAUUCAGCUUGUUUUUCGUUUUGCUUGUGUUUUUUU